AUGGAUCCAAUACUACCAAUUCCGGUAAACCUAGCCCAGGCAAUUAUGUGUCUGGUGCUGGUGAAUAUGGCUCUCACCCUGGAGCGGGUCAUUACGGAACAGGCACCGGCGAUCUUAGCUCUCAGGCAGGCGCUGGCGGCUAUGGUGGUUAUGGAUCUACCCCAGGCCGUUAUAGUUCAGGCACAGGCUCCUAUGGUUCCCCUGGUGCACCACCAGGAGGACCAGGCGGUACACAGCGUAACCAAUGGGCAAAGGUCUCGCAGGAAGAAGGGUGUCGUGACCAUCGAGAGCAUCGCGCCAGGAAGAGCUCCUCUGGGCGCCUGGCGCCCAAUUCCCAGUGCCACCACUCCGUGUCAUCAUGUCGAGAACAGAGCCAUCACACCAUCUUCAAGUGAACGGCCAAGGUCUGCAUCAAAGUGCGACUCGUGGCAUUCUUCUGCGUCGCGUCUCUCCACACUAACACCAGCACCUCAGCUCAUCCCCUUCAAAACAGACGCCUUCCCCCUUCAAUCAGUCUCCAGAAACACCAAACCCAGGCGCUUUUCAUCUUUCCUUCCACAAACUCCGCUCCCGAAUAGUCGAUCUCAAUCCUCACUACACUUGAUCACGCGGUCUGGCCCUCUCGCAGAAAAAGCACAGUCUCUCCCAACCACUCUUACCCCUCCUCUACCGGUCGAAGACAAUUACCUUACACCCAGAAUGGCCUUUAGAAGAUCCUUUGCUAGGCCUCACUGCCAGGCCUUCAGGUCCGGAAAUACACACGAUCCCAUGUACCAGGAUGACGUUUAUGAAUUGCGUGGUUUUGAUGAUCUGCCGUCGUCACAAGCCAUCUGCUUGACCAAGUUUGCCAAGGCGCACCCCCGAAACAAAGGCAAUAAGUCCUGGAAGCCUUUGCAACUAGAAAGCACCGAAGACAGCGAUCGGACGGACAGUCAAAGCCCAAUGGCCCUCUUCGAGACGGGCCGAAGUGAGCCUCGCUCUCGAUUGUCUGCCCUUCAUCGUGCGUAUAGUGGUGAUUGUCAUCUGAACAAGCACAGUGAACGGGUCCUGGCACCUACUCGGUUUCAUUCGCAAUCGUACGAUUACAGUCCAGAAGUACAGCCUGGGGAAGCGGCAUGGCUGACGAAUGCCAACGCAAUUCACUACCAAGAGAAUCCUCUUAAUUAUUCCCACAACUACGGUUUCCCUUAUUCCUACCCACAUUCACAACAACAUAGCUGCGUAUCGGAGAGUCCCUUCCUGAGAAAUGAUGACUAUCACAGCUCGGAGCACCUUCCCUGGUCGACAGAUCUACAUUCGAUCUCCAAUGGGCUGUCUUUGAUGGGUGUAUCGCAGCCAAACGUUUACAACCAGAACUACAUCGCGGAUGGUAGCAUCAUGACGGACUCCUCUCUGAAUAUCUACAGCGCCAGUUUUGACCAGCCGGACAGCCGAUCUCCUUACGAAUCAGUACCUGUUCACUAUGAUGCCCUCGCUCAUGAGAGCUUGUUAACUCGGCACCCAUCGCUCUCGGCGUCAUAUGAAGAUCGAUCGAGAGAUUUCUCAUCUAUCUCGUGGGACCCCUCUUUGAAUGCUGCAUAUGAGCAUGUAUCGAGCCCUAAGCCAAGUACACCUGCGAUGGAGUGUCAAUCACAGACGCCGGCUUUGUCCUACUUUCAGACAUUGAAUGAUGUAGAUGCUCCACAAAUGCCUCGUGCUGAGGCCCCAGGUCCUGACCAUGAAAGCUUUGAUAAGGAUGACAAAGGCUAUACUCAAGAAGAAAAACUUGCAUUGCUUACAGGGGCUGAAUAUGAGCGGAUUACUGCGGAUCAGGAUAAAUUCUCGGUCACCCAAAUGGAAGCAUGCGAUGCACACGCCCAGGGGACUACAACUAUGGAUAGCUCAUCGGAUCGUGUCUCUGAUCUAAGCGGCGAGCCAACAACCACAGAUUCAAUCAAUUCGGGGAACGUUGAUAUCCGAGCAACUUACCCGCUAGAAAUGACCGAGAAGUCGUCGAGAUUGGGUCCUGUCUGGUACGAUUUCACUGAAAGAUGGAAAGGAAUUCCCGCGGCGGGCGUCCCAGGAUACCUAAACUUAAUGACUAGCAAACGCAUCAGACCUCCGCCUGGACUCUCUGAGCCAGUGGUGCAUAAUCCAACAACAUGGCCUUUGGCUUGCAGAAAUGAUCCCCUGGUGACUCAGAGAAGACUUGAUGAAGCCAAUGAAUGGUUCCGCAAAGAUGCCCGAGGCCAGGAGCAACUUCGAGGACAAGUCACAGAUAUCGCGCAGAACUACGCCGAAAGAAUUGAGGGGCGUAGUGGAACAACUCGCGCGCUACAGGAAAGUACAACUGCGAAGCAAAUAAGUUCCCUAAUCGGCAACGUCAUCAUUAAUCUACAUUUCUACGUCUCUGAGAGCUCGUCGCGAGACUCAGCAGGUUUCGCAGACUUUGAAGAUGUGGAGAGUUGUUAUUGUGAACCCAGCCUGGGCGGACGCCGCAGUUACUUCGACCGAGACCCAUCUAACCACUGGAGGCUUCGUUUGGAUCGGGCUCAUUCGACUAUGAGUAACAUGUCAGAAUCAAGUCCCUCAUCCUCUCACAUCAGGGCUCCAUGA